CGCAAUGUUCGGCCGUGUUUAUAUAUAUCAGUUAUAAACGACGCUCUGCAUUGAACAUUGAGCAAGCUUUGAGUUUGGUGUCGGAUUGAAAAAAAUAAAAUAAAAAAUGGGUGCCAUAUUUUACUCUCUCGUGGUGUUGAUGCAAGUGACUGCGUUGCUGUCUACAUCACCUCCAAAAUGCAAGCCUUCAGACUCCGACUGCCUGAAGUCAGCGGCUCAAGCCUUGACCCCGCUGCUCGCUGCCGGCAUGCCCGCGCUCGCCACGGAGCCGCUAGACGUCAUGCGCGUGGACGAGAUCCGCAUGGACCUGGCCGGCCUGCGGCUCAACGUGACCAACUCCAGUAUCAAGGGACUUAAGAACGCAGUUAUUGACAAAAUCAAAUUCGACAUGGCUAAAAAGCAGCUGGUGAUUUCAUACCACGCUGAUGUGGAGCUCACUGGGCAGUACAAGGCAGCCGGCCGACUGAUCAUCCUUCCCAUCAGCGGGGAUGGAGACGUCAAGAUAGAACUCAAAAACUACAAUUCAAAGUUGUCGAUACCUUUCACCAUCGUGAAGAAUAAGGAAGGCAAGGAUACGAUGCACAUGAAGGAGUUCAAAAACGAAUUUGAUAUUAAAGACGGAGCUCACUAUUCGUUGACCAAUCUCUUCAAUGGCAAUAAGGUUUUGAGUGAUAGUAUGCUGAAAUUUAUGAAUGAAAAUUGGAAGCUUCUGUCCACCGAAUUUGGAGGAACCUUGAUGCAGAAACCAAACAAAAAGAUAUUUCACGUAAUUAAAAAGUAUCUACAAAACAAACCCAUUGACGAAAUGUUAGAUGUUUAAGAUUAUAUACCAAAAACUAGUCAUAAAUAAAUAGACAUACACUGUAUAAAUUG